CCCCAGUCCAGUUCCUUCUCUGCACGGCAGUAGAUACUAUCUGCAAGACAACUAUCAUCCGUUUGGUCAUUACCCAGCAAGGAAUUUUCUUGAAUACACUUCUCUAGAAUCGACGUUUCCGUAUGUUUUAGUUACUGACUCCGACGACAUGCAUUCUCUCUUCUACACCAUUUGGAAAAACUUCAAUCCUGACUUUGACUCGAUGGGAACCUUCGAUGGACUUUAUAUUGUGCUCAAUGACAGAUCACCAUCUAUAGUCGCGAGAAGCAUCCUAUUUCUGUUUCUUUGUCUGAAUCUGCCUGGUGAUGCUACAGGUCGACAUAAAUGGCUGUGUGCAAUGUGGAGCAUCUGGUUUUGCCAUGAGCUACUGCCUGAUCACAAGCGCAUACUCUUUGAAGCCCUAAAGACACUUUUGGAUAUUUCUGAGAACUGGACCAGCAAUGAUAACCUACUGAAUCAAUUUGUAGAGUUUCCCUGCACUGAAACUCUUGUCGAUAUCAAGCAAGUAUGGUCUUCGUGGUACACGGCCCAAGUACCAGAGGCAACAAAGAAGCUAAUGAAAGAACGGAGAAAGAGAGAAUACGUUCCGCAUGUUGGACAAGGAGAAUUCGAUCUGCCUUUUCUCGGCCUGUACACGAUCAGUGGGCGUUUGGCGCAGCAUCUUAACGAGGGCAAACGAAAAGUAAUGAGCAGUGAAUACAAGGCCUACCAUUUACAAGGAAAUGUGUACGUUGAGAACUUGACUGAGGCAAUUGUGCCGAAAAACACCACUGUCAAUGUGACCAUGUUUGAAAAUAAAGGAGACUAUAGGAUAUUCCCGGCUCGAUCUCCAUUCCGUUGUUUCCAACAAGUUCAUAUCUCCAGCGUGGACCAAAUGCUGGAAGCAAGUAUGAAUGUGACUGAUUUCAACAGAAAGCAUGUCAGCAGCAUUCCCACAAAAGCUUUUAAAUUGCAACCUCUUCUAGCCAACAGCUUUCAGCAAUUCUCACUUUGGAUAUCUUGUACAGAAAGUAUUCUUAGAAAACAGCAACAAUUGAUCACAAUUGUAUUCUCUUGCCAAGAUGUCUUUGAACUGUUUCAGUCCGAAUUUGACGGUGAAACAUUCAAUGUUAUUUUUUCUCCACAUGUUUUCGAUGAAGUUGCUCCUCUUGCGCUUGUCCUUGCUGCUAGCAAAUUGUUGAACGAAGACGGUGGACUCUUUGUUUGUAAUUCUUGUGAAUGCCUGUGUGACGCUUCUUCUGUCGAAGAAUACAUUCGGCUUGCUUUCGGAUUCUCAUCUAAGUUUCUUCCUGUGAUUUGCGGCAUCAGAUGCAUCAACCAUGAAGGAGAAGGCUAUUCAAGCAUUGUUUCAUCCGAGCAUCUCUGUUUAGAGUCACAACCAGUCCCUGAGAACUCAGUGUUAGAGAGGAAACUGUUGAUUUGGGAAAAAGCCAGUGGUACUCCUCUUAUGAUCAACUCCAUAUCUGACUGUCCUGAAAUCGGUCAAGCUGUGUUAAAGUGUUUUCAUAACUGCUGUUUAGCCGAUCCCUCUGCCCAACCUCCUGUACCUAUGCUUUGUACAGAUACAGCCAUUAACUUGUUACUAACAUUUGCAACAAGGAUCAAGCCUAACCCUGCUGCCUCACAUGCAUUCUGGUCCCAGCUAUGCUCAGAAUUGAAGAAAAGCCGAAACUUGAGAAGCUAUCUGCCGUCAAUUCAAUCCCAAGCCCUUGUUAGUGGCCUUCAUCUCCACCUCACUGUUGACAUUGCCACCUGUCCUUUGUGUUUGGGCAUUCCCCUCUCUGGCUAUCUGGGCCAAUUCCAAAUGAACGUCCCUGUCAAACAGCUGUCGAUAUGCGAGCCCUUCUUUGUUGUUUACAUUGGAAAAUUUGAAGUCCCUGUACCUGCUGCAAAGCUGUCAACAUUAGUGCACAAGAGUCACGUACAUGUAAUUGAUUGUGUUGUUGGCUCGGAAAAUCUCCUGGUAUUGAAAGUCAACUUCAUAGCUCCUCUUGAGUUCAUUCGCAAUGGCUGCAGAUUUAUACUUAUAGAGAAUGCUCGGUGCUCACUAAACAUUUUUGAAGGCCAUGUCAAGUCUCUACUGUAUGGAAACCUACGUGACUGCCUCGUCAGUGGUCCUCUUAUCCCAAGAGCUAAAGCUCCUAUUCAACCAGUGUAUUCCCAGCCUUGUUCUCUUGGUAGUAUCAUGCAGCACUCUUCAAACGGAGACUGCUUCGAAACAGUUAUCUCUCUUGCUCAUGACAAACCUGAGCUCCUGACAGCAGAACUGGAAUUAAAGAGAACUUCAGAAUCUCCAUGUACUCGUAUCAACGUAACUUGUGCCAACUACAGUGCGGUUAUUCAGUACCCAUUUCCAAUUGUCUAUGGCAAACUUAAUUGUCAGCGUUCAAAGAAACACAAGACAGUCACGAUAAAAGCACCACGCAGAGCUUACGACUACAACGAGGGUGGCCAGCUGUUUUACGUCAAUCCUGCAGAUCACUUUUCUUUCCCACCUAUUAAAGUCAGCUUGACUUUACUUGAGUUUUUUGGAAACAUACAGUGUUUCACGAAGUAUUUGACGUACCGAAAAGAGCUAAAAGUUUCUAACAUGCCUAAAGUGUUGCUUGAAGUCGAAAGGGCCUACAGGAAAUUAUUGAUCACCACCAAUCGCUGUUUGUUCUCGAUUGUGACCGAUUGCUGUGGGGACUGUUUGAGUGUUGUGGAAAUUGUGAACCGUGUGUUUGAUGUCAACCGUAAAGUGCCAGCAAUCUAUCUGAGCUACAUUAUUGUUGAUUCUCUCCGGGACGAAACCGCCUGUCAAUUGGAAGCAGUGCUUGAAAAACUGGGCGAACAAGUUGAGGAAAUUGUUCUUUCUCACGAAGCUUUCAAAGUUCUUCGGUCCUACUUUUUCAAUGCUACUGCACACACGGUUUUUUCAAUGUACUCUUCUGUUAUGGAAAACUGGGAUCUUUUUGAUCGAUCUUUUCAGGCCGUUGUGUAUCCGGUGUACCAAGAUCCAUGCCGUAUACAGAUGGGUCUUCACUGUGCAUUAUGUAAGAAACCCCUAAAAGCAGACCACACUAAUUGCAGCUCAUGCUACUCUGUGUUCUACUGUAGCACCAAAUGCAAAGUAAUGAAUCAGUGCGUUCACAAACCCAAUUGUAAGAAGUCCAAAAUGGAAUCAAACAAGAAAUGUGAGCAACCCAAAAAAGAAGAAUUUAGCACCAACUGUUGUGCUUACUGCCACAAAAUUUCCCCUUCUCUUAAAUCAUGUGCCAAGUGUCACAAGGCCAUGUACUGUGGUAAAGAGUGUCAAAAGGCUCAUUGGACGAAGCAUAAGCAUCAUUGUUCGAGCAUUGCUGGCACAAUCAAAGUUGAGACAGACAUACCAAAAUGUACUAAUUGCAAGCAAGCUUCCAGCAACGUCAAGAAGUGCACAGGGUGUGAGAAGGUUUCCUACUGUAGCAAGGAGUGUCAAGCAAGUCACUGGAGCCAACACAAGCUGGAGUGCAAGAGAACUGCCUCUGUAGUCAGCAAAUCUCUUGCCAGUUCGAUUGUAAAACAGCAGACAGAAUCGGCAAAAACAUUUCAGCCUCAAUCGUCGUCAGGCACUUCUAAAAGUAAACCUACAGCGUCGAAUGAAAAGUCCUCAGUGAAAAAUGUGGAAUGUGUAUAUUGCAGGGGAAAACCAACCAAACCUCAACGCUGUGCCAGGUGCCAGAAAGUGUUCUACUGUGGACUAGAGUGUCAAAGGGCUCAUUGGAAAGAACACAAACUCACUUGCAAGUAAUAGAUUCUCUGACAUAUUUACUCAAUAAUUAUUAUUAUUUAUGUAUAAUUCGCAAUCAUUUAUUCCAAUAUCAUUUAUUCCAAUAACUCGCAUUGUCAUUGCCUCAAUUAUUUAUUCCACUGCAAUCUGUAAUUCUCAUUAUUGCCUCAACUUGAUACAUGUACUAUCGUUGCCUCGAUUAUUUAUUAUCUAAAUCAUCAUUGCCUCAAUUAUUGCUCAUUUAUUUACUCAGCCAUGUAUGUACUUCUCUAUUAAUAAUUAUUUACUGCACAUAGGUAACAUUAAUUUUUGAUCCUAGUCUAUCAGAUUAGCCUCGAGACCAGGCCGAUUAAAAUUUAAUUUUUUUUUUUUUUUAAUGGGACUGCGCCUGGAUUC